UAUUUCACAAAAAAUAAUCAAUACCAAUUCAUACAGCAAAAAUGAAUGUUAUAAUGCAGCUCUUUAUUUUGACGACUUGCAUCUCAUUUUCUGGCUGUUCAAUCUUUAUCGGAUUUCCCAAAAGUAACUGGACAACGAGUUCCCAGGUGUGCUCUUUACCAGAGAUUAACAACAUCAACACCACUGACAUAUUUGUUAAUUUAUUAGAGAACACGACCGUUCAGGAAGAUGAUAAAGCUUGGACUGGAACAGUAAUUAAAUACACAAAAUUUGCUGCUUUCAGAGGAUGUGGAAGAAGUAAUUCAUCUGUUGAUUCUGGCAAAGACGUAAAAACUGUGGAAGCUUGUUUACGACAUUGUUCUGAUUAUUCAGUUGCUUCGUACUUCGUCCUUAAGAGUUCUAGAUGUUAUUGCCUUUCUGAUAAACCUGAUAUUAAUGGUGAUGUAAAUGAUUGCAGGACAGAAUGUACUAACGCCAGCUACACUCCUUGUUUUUCUGGUCGGUCAGCUCUGGUAUUUUCAUUUGUUGAAGAUAUCAACAUAACGACAACAAACACGUAUAUAGAACAAGAAUGUGUCACGACAAAUAAAGACCAAAACAGGUUUACUAUCAGUGACUGCAAUGAAAAAUAUUUAUACGGAUGUAGGAAUACAUCAAAUGUGCUAUUAAGAAAAUCAUGGUAUGAAUAUCAAGAAAUAUGUUUAAAGGAGGGACGUCACGCAUUGUUUAACAGACAUACUAUAGGAAAUGACGUAAACGAAAAUGAAGUUUUCUGGACUCCAAUCUUUAGGUCUCAUACAGUGGUUUCAGGAAAACAUUCAGGAACAGAUGUUUGUGUAGCAGUAAAGAAAGGAGAGACAAAUGAAUUUACCGUAGAAGAAUGUUCAAGAAAGUUUCCAUUCCUGUGUUCCCGGUUAAUAAAGAGGAAUACGAUCGCUUACAGUCCACGUAUUGUGACACUUCCUGUAUCUGUCGCAGCGGCAGAACUUGUGGUUAUCAUUAUCCUGAUAUAUCUAGUUGUUAUUAUCAGUUGUAAAUCAUUCAAACGAAUACGUUUUUACAAAGAACAGCUAAAGCAAGUAAAUGAAAGGUUACCUGGUACAGAAUUUUCAUCAUAUACCGGAAUAAAAGAUACUAACGAAGAGGUAAAUAGCCCAGGAUAUAAAGAAUUGUCAGAUAACUCGCAACAAAAUAAUGAAACGGGAUUGGAAGCAUCAAAGGACGAAGUUGAUAACCAAGGUUACCUGAUAUCUACACAGCAUUACCAUACAAUACCGGAAGUGGAAGUACAUUACGUGGAGGCAAAUGCAGCAGAAAGUUAUGAAGACGAAGAACACAUCGACAAAGAUGGCUAUUUAGAACCUGUUACAAAAUAGUGUUGGUUGUGUGGGGUGUGCGUUAAUGAUGAUUUACAUGUAUUGCAUUGAUCGUUGAGAAAAACAUAAAAAGAAAUAAUUACGAUCUUUGUUUUAACGUUUUAUUCCAAAGAAAAAGAAAAUAGAACUACCAAAACAAGUUAACAGAACACUAAUGCUUAUAUAAUACUAUUAAAAUCUCAAAACCUAGAAUCAUACUCUAAAAGAUGUUGUUUUUUCUAUGCCUUUAAGCUGGUUAUCACAGAAAAUGCUUCUUAUUUAAAGUAUAACAGUUGGCCAAAAAAAGAAUAUUUGUCUGUGUUGUUCCAGUAGUUUAAGUUAUUUGCUUAUAAUAUGUAUGCUGUAUAAAAAAAAAAAUAAAAAAAUUCUCGAACACUUUGA